AUGCUCUACGGACUGCUGGCAAUGUUCGAGAAAAUCCUCUUUGGAAUUUUGAUUCUGCAAGUAGCACGGGCAGCAAAAACAUGCACAGAGGCUAGCAGUGACCCGCAAACAGGACAGUGUAAACAGGGUAAAUGCAUUAGCAUAGGUGGAGAUAGAGUUUGCACUGACUGUGCUAAACCUGGAGAGGUGCCCAUUAAUGGGGAAUGUAAGGAUAAAAGUGAUGGGCUUAUCACAACUGCCGGAUGUGAAAAAGUUGAUGGAGCUCUCGAUGAGCAUUCAACCACAUGUGGAAAGUGUACUAAGGCUGGAUACUUCCUCCACAAAGGUGGAUGCUAUGUACAAGCAGCACCUCCUGGACAAACCGUUUGCAAAAGUGCGAGUAGUAGUGCAGGACUCUGUGAAACAUGCAAUGACGCUAACGGGUUCUUCAAAAAUAUGGGUGCUAGCGAUAACACCCACCAAUCUUGCAUUGCCUGCAAUGAGGCAGAUACGAUUGAUGGUUUCAGAGGUGUUCCGAACUGCAAAGUGUGUACUCCUCCUGAAGGCCCCGGCUCUGCCACAUGCACUACGUGUGAGGGCGAAUACUAUUUAUUAGCUGUAACGCCUUCUAGUUGCGUUGAAAAGACGCAGUGUAAGACAGACCACUUCCCUGUCACAGCUAAGGGUAUCAAAAAAUGCGUCCCGUGUGGAGACACCGACGCCGGUGGCAUAAUUGACUGUAAGACAUGUACUCUCAAGGAAGCUCGCGGAUUAGCUGGAGAGUCUGCUAUCAAGUGCACUACGUGUAACGGCGGAAAGACACCCAAUGACGAGGGAUCUACAUGUGUCGAUGCCCCAGAACCUCCGCCCUCUGACUGCCCCGUCGAGAACUGCCAGAAAUGUUCUGCAGACAAGAAGACAUGUGAGGAGUGCAAGGACAAGAACUAUCUCACUCCGACAGGGAUGUGCAUAAAAUAUUGCGAAUAUAUUCUAGGCUACUACAGCAGCACAGAGGGCGGCAAAGGGAUCUGUAAGAAGUGCGAGGUCAAGAAUUGCGUUGUGUGUGAUCCGAACGGCAAAUGCGGUUUCUGCGAAGAUGGAUUCUAUGCUGACGAUGCUGGGAUAUGCCAGAAGUGUGACGGUAGUUGCAAGAAUUGUAAGGGAAACACUGCUAAUGAUUGUACUGAGUGCAAACCUGGAACCAUCCUUGACUAUGCAAAUGGGCAGAAGGGUAAAUGCGCUCCUGAAUGUGUUGUCAAUACAGAUAAAGCCACUGGGAACUGUAAAGCAUGUGAUCUAAUUGUUAAAGGCACAAGGUACUGCUCUGCAUGUAGCCAGGACAAUGAGUAUCCCCAGAACGGUGUCUGUGCACCGAAACCAAGUGGGCGGGCUGCGACAUGCACCUCUCAAGGAACCGGUGUCUGCAAUUCGUGUGCUAAUGGGCUCCUUCGGAUGAACGGAGGGUGCUACGAAGAUGAGAAGUACCCUGCGCACAGUGUAUGUGCAACAGUGGCGACAACUGGUGGGACUUGUGAUAGACCUAUGCCAGGGUUUAACUUAAAUAAUGAAAACAACCUUGUAAUAUGCCCUGAAGGCUGUAAGACGUGUAAUACUGCAAAUGAAUGUACAGAAUGUAUGGAUGGAUACAUAGCAUUCAGUAACGUCAAAGCUUGCACGAAAUGUCAUGAAAGCUGCUACACCUGCGAAACCGCGGCUGCCACAUGCAAAGUAUGUGCUCGUGGAUAUUAUAAGGAGAGUAGCGAUAGUGGACCGUGCAAGAAGUGCUCUGAGGGGCUCGCUGGGUGCAGACAGUGCACGGUGUCAUCCACCAGUGCGUUCAUGUGCCUCGAGAUGGGUGAUAGUACUGGUGACAACAACGGCGGGAGCACGAACAAGAGCGGCCUCAGCACAGGCGCCAUAGCGGGGAUCUCUGUCGCUGUCAUCGUUGUUGUGGGGGGCCUCGUCGGCUUCCUCUGCUGGUGGUUCGUGUGCCGGGGCAAGGCGUGA